UGCGCUCAGUCCUGUGACUCUGAGCUGAUGUGUGUCGACGCUGCGCUGCAGGUGAACUUUGCUAUCCUGAUGCUAACCUGAUGCUAACAGUCGCAGCAGCACAGCAAGUGUCGAUAACGUCGGUCAGUGGUUUUUUUUGUUUAGGACUCUUGUCACUGCAGCUCCAGCUUUCUCUCUGCUAAAAGAAAACAGAGAUCACACCAGGACGUCCACGUCGUUGUGUGUUUGUGUGUAGAAGAGAGACACAACUUUAGUGAGCUCGAUGUUUCCAGAAAGUUCCGUAUUCAGACCGACACACGAGGGUUGACUGAGUCUCUGAAACUCACGCAGACUAUCACAAUAAAUACAGAACAUGGCGCUCCUGGAGCUGUAACGAUUGCUUCAACACGGCCGCACCAGGACAGAAACUGGACUCAUCCGGAUCCGGAUCCAGGUCAAAGAUGGAGUUAUCAGCGGCUCACCCGGCUCUCAAAGCCUUUAUGUGUGGCUCUCUCAGCGGUACCUGCUCUACGCUGCUCUUCCAGCCUUUGGAUCUGGUCAAGACACGGCUGCAGACCCUGCAGAACAACGCCAAGCCGGGUGCACCGAAGGUGGGGAUGUUUUCCGUUUUCAUUAACGUUAUUAGGACAGAGAAUUUCUUCAGCCUGUGGAAAGGAGUUUCACCAUCAUUUGUGCGCUGCAUCCCCGGCGUGGGCAUCUACUUCAGCACUUUCUACUCCCUGAAGCAGCACUACUUUCUGGACCGCGCACCCAACGCUGGCGAGGCUGUUCUUCUUGGAGCGGGUGCCAGAGCUGUGGCUGGCGUCUGCAUGCUGCCAUUCACGGUCAUCAAGACACGCUUUGAGAGUGGCUGUUACAACUAUGUGAGUGUGGCAGGGGCUCUGAGGAGUGUGUAUGAGACGGAGGGAGUCAGGGCUCUGUUCUCAGGGCUGACUGCCACACUGCUGCGAGACGCUCCCUUCUCCGGCAUCUACGUCAUGUUCUACAGCCAGGCCAAGAAGGGACUGCCUCAAGAGGUGGCUUCGUCAGCCUACGCCCCGCUGGCGAACUUCAGCUGUGGGGUGGUGGCAGGCAUCAUGGCGUCGCUGGCCACACAGCCUGCUGAUGUGGUGAAGACCCACAUUCAGAUCAGCCCAUCCCAGUGGAGGACGUCAGAUGCUGUUCGCUUCAUCUAUAUGGAACAUGGCAUGAAGGGUUUUUUCCGCGGGGCGGUACCCAGGUCCCUGCGACGCACUCUGAUGGCUGCUAUGGCUUGGACUGUCUAUGAGCAGCUGAUGGCUCGAAUGGGCCUCAAAUCCUGAAGAGCGACCGUGUUGAGCCACAAUAAAACAGGAUGAUACACGAAGGGUUAAUGAUACACAGUAUGUUUCUCACUGAAAGAAGAAAAGGGAUUCGAGGAGCGCGUAGAGACCGUGAACCAGCACUACCAAGAUUUUGAAAAGAGGAAGAGGGAGGAUAAAUGUCUGGGGGAAAAAGCGAGAAUGCUAUGUGUGUUUCUUUGUGGAUAUUUAAAUGUUUGUGAAAAUGUGCCUGUUUGUGUCUGUAGGUGUGUGAGUUUGACAUUGUGAUGUUACAACUGACACAUUCUUAUGUCAAUCUUGGACUGAAGUGACACUCCCUGCUGUGAAGUGAAGUGAACUUGUUCCUCCUCUCACUACUUACGUUUUGGCACCACUGAGGUGCGGCUGCCACAGAAAAAUAAGAAACACUGCCCCCCGACAGAGGGCCCGUUACUGUUCAGCUUAGAUGCCUUUGACAAGGUAUUUUAAAAUGCUGGCAAGACAAAUGGGAAACUCAGCAAGCUGGUGUACUGUACAUCUGCUGAGGUAACCAAAAACAAAGCACUGCAGCAAGAGGAGCUCUGGCUUCUGCCGUAUUUAUGAAACUUGCGUAAGCUUGGGCAAUGUCUCUUACUUGCCAAUUAACAACCAGACUUUGAUAUUUAAUUUGUUUCAGGCUCAGACAAUCACAAGCACUCACACAGCUGCAUUAUGGGAAGAAAUUCACAAUAAGCCUUUGUUGUCAUACUGCUCAAAACUAUGCUAAUUUAAAGUUUAUAUACAACUGUGGUGCAUUUACUCAGCAUCGUGGAACCAGACAAACUUUUUUUAAAAGAGGUCAUGUUAGUCACAUCUGUGCUUAAAGAAACACAGCUGAAAAUAACCUGUGAUGGCUUCUGAGUCAGAUCAGGAUUUUGUGGGGUUUUAUGAGUUUUAUAAUUUAAAUGCUUUUUUUUUUAAUUUUAUUUUUUUGGUCUCCUGCGCCUUUUAUUAUUUGGGUUAUUUUUCUACACAUUUAGGUAAAUAUUUUAAUGACAGGGUGAAAUUGAAAUCUUACAAAUAUGUCACAUUUUGUUCCUGUGAUUGAAUGAGGAGCCUGUGAGCAUAUUUUUUGAACAUUAAGCUUGCAAGGGAAGCAUUGCUUAAUCAUUGUGCUACUAAAAUGUUUAUAAAUGUUAUACAGUAUCCAUGUCAUUGUGCGACAGCUGUGGACACUUUCCAGCCUCUUCCUGGCUUUGUAAAUAUUCAACACUGGCCGAUCCACACCCGCUCAGUGACGUGAACUUUCUAGACUACUUUCUAGGCCAGAAGGCGGAUCUCAAUACAGAACUGUUGGCUGUAACUAAUUGAGGCCAUAUUUUUAUGUUGCUUGUACAGUGUGCCCUUUGCUAUAAAUAGUAUUUAUUAUUGUUGAUAUAAAAAAGAGGUGAUAUAUUGAGAACAGUUGUUAUAUAUAACUGUUUAAAGGAAUAAUGCCAAACGGAAGAUCUCGUUGGUUGGGGAGAUUGAAAUACUUGGAUCAUUCUGCAUUCAGAGUGUAAACGCACUGAACCUUUUGGUAACGUAACAGAAUAUAUAACAGGAAGGUUGUGUAGCAAAAACAGAAAAUUAAUGACAUGAGUUGAUUUCUAAAGGCCUCAGUGUUUGCUGUGUAACACAAACUGUGUCUGACUAAAUGUGCCGUAAUCCACACCUGGAAGUUUUUACCUCGUCCAUUAUCUUCAUCACCACACAACUCCUGUAGUCUCUGUUGAUCCUGUGUUGACUAUAUUUUAUAUGGUCAUUGUUAUUGUAGAUAUUUGGUCUGUGCAUGCGUUUGCUCAGACAGAUGCUGUGCCUGCCUGGUUUUUAACUUCAAUAAAUUUCUCUGUUUUUUUUUUAAAAAAGGUCAUUUUGACUUUUUUUAUUUUGGAAAUUAAGAAGAGUGAUUUGUUGUAAAUUUUCCUUUAUUUCUUUAUACCAGCUGUACAUAUACAAUCAACCAUGUUAUCAACAAACUCAUUAAACAUAUGGUGCUACUAUU